AUGUCAUCUGGCCCCAUACGUGCUGGUACCAUCACCGGUACAUCAGAGUCCGGCUCGGCUGGCACAAUCACCGUCAAAGAUAUGGGGGAUAUCGACCCAGGCCAAAAGGUCACCUUACUCGUUUCCAUGUAUCUGACUAGAUGCGCUAAUCUCAGUAGGAUGACCAUGAGUGGCGAUUUGUGGAAACCCGACAGCACAGGCACUGUUCAAGCGACCGUUCCGCUGCAAGAUGUCAGCUUCAACUGGGGUUGUCGGUUAGCAUGGGACCCUUCGAAGGAAGUAUCAGAAUCUAGUCUGAAGAGCGCUCAAGCCUUUCUGGAAAGCAAAUUAUUACCACCCAAUAUGCCGAGCGGACUCCCACGAUGA